GUGCAGUACUCAAGUACAGACAAGACCGAGAUCGAACAAUGGCUAGUGACGUCGAACCACAUCGCCUCGCAAGACCAAGACCAAGCGAAGGCGGACGAACGACUUGCAACUCUAAACAGCCAUCUUUCGACCCGCACAACGCUACUAGGUAGUAAACCCAGUGUCGCAGAUAUCGCUCUAUAUGCGCGGUUGGCGCCAAUGGUCAAAAACUGGAGUGACGAGCAACGGACGGGAGAGCAGGGUUAUCAUCAUAUCGUACGGUGGCUGGACUUCGUGCAAAAUGCGCCUUUGUUCGGUCUGAAAGUGCGAGAGAGCGAGAAAAUCAAUAUCGACCCCGAAAAGGUUGUCUUCCACCCCAAGCCGGUGGAUCAGAAAGCGGAGAAGGAGCGGAAGAAGAAGGAGAAAGCAUUAGCUACAGCAGGUGCCGACACAGCUGCGGCCGCUGGAGGCACGGUCACGGAUGCGGCGAGCAAACAGACGCAGACCGUAGCGCAGGCGAAACCAAAGAAGGAGAACAAGAAGGACGUGGGCGACAAGAUAGCAGACGCUGUAGGCGCGGAAGCACCUACGGAGAAGAAGCAGAAAAAGGAGAAGCAGCCGAAACCGCAGAAGAACGCACCAGCCGCGGACAAGCCACUAUCACCAGCCCUCAUCGAUCUCCGCGUCGGACAUAUCCUCAAAGCCAUCAACCACCCAGACGCAGACUCACUCUUCGUAAGUACCGUCGACGUCGGAGAUCCGCCAGGCACGGACAACACGUCCGAAUACGAAGGCAAGGUCGUACGAACCGUUUGCUCUGGUCUAAAUGGCCUUGUACCGCUCGAGGAGAUGCAGGGACGCAAGAUCGUCGCAGUCUGCAAUCUCAAGCCCGUCAAGAUGCGAGGGAUCCAGUCCGCGGCUAUGGUGCUGGCGGCUUCGCCGCGGUUGGCGCCGGGGGAGGAGGACAAGCAUGCAGGACCUGUGGAGCUCGUUAACCCGCCGGAGGGUGCGCAGGCAGGAGAGAGGGUGUACUUUGAGGGUUGGGAAGGUGAGCCGGAGGCGCAACUGAACCCGAAGAAGAAGGUGUGGGAUUACUGUCAGGCUGGCUUUUUGACGACGGAGAGUAGGGAGGCGGCGUUCGAUCCUAAGGCUGUGGAACAGCUGAAAGACGGUGGGAAGAUGGAGAUUGCGCCAUUGAAGACAAAUGGCGGGAUUUGUACGGUCAAGAGUCUGACAGGUGCCAUCAUUCGCUGA